ACUCUUUAGAUCUCCCUUGAAGAGGGCUGGUAUAUUUGUGCCUGCUGGAGGUGGAAUUAACAGUAAGAAGGAGAAAGGGAUUGAAUGGACUUACAGGAAGGUUUUCAAGUAAAUACAGGGAAACACAUUUACUUGAAUAGUACAACCUUGAGUCUUAUUUUACACUAAGACGACACAAAAGAUGUUAAAGUUAUCACCAAGCUGCCGGACAAAUAUAUAUUCCAACACCAAGGUGCAGAUCAGCAUAGAUCUGUGAUUCAGAAAUCAGGAUUUGUCUUGGAAAGAGCUCAAGGGUUGAGAAGAACUCAAGAGCAAAUGAAGAUAACUUUGGGACUUACAGUUUAUCAGAAGAUCAACUUUCGUUAAUUCAAAUACCAAAGGCCUGAUUGUCAUAAAUUCAUAUAGGAAUGCCUAGGUCAUCUGAUCAAAUAAUAUUAGCCGUCUUCUGCUACAUCAAUGCAGCAAAAACUCUUGACAACUGUGGAUAAUUGGAAAUCUGAGUUUCAGCUUUCUUAGAAAUAACUACUCUUGACAUAUUCCAAAUAUUUAAAAUAGUGCAGGAAAAUCAGUGAGGAUGUUGUGUUCAGAAAUGUCACUGUCAUGAAGAAUAGGUAAAUUUGUUUUUUUCCGCUACUGGGAAAUUGUACCUCCUAGAAACUUUUUUUUUUUUUUUUUUUUUUAAGAGGACAAGAAGGACUAAAAAUACCAACUUUGCUUUUGGACAAAAAUGCAUCUGACUGUAUUUUUACUUAGGGGUAUUGUGGGUUUCCUCUGGAGCUGCUUGGUUCUACUGGGUUAUGCAAAAGGAGGUUUGGGAGACAAUCAUGUUCACUCCAGUUUUAUUUAUAGAAGACUACGGAACCACGAAAGACGGGAAAUACAGAGGGAAAUUCUCUCUAUCUUGGGUUUGCCUCACAGACCCAGACCCUUUUCACCUGGAAAGCAAGCUUCCUCUGCACCUCUCUUUAUGCUGGACCUGUACAAUGCUAUGGCCAAUGAAGAAAACCCUGAAGAGUCUGAGUACUCAGUGAGGGCAUCCCUGGCAGGAGAGACCAGAGGAGCAAGAAAGGGAUACCCAGCCUCUCCCAAUGGGUAUCCUCGUCGCAUACAGUUAUCUCGAACGACUCCCCUGACCACCCAGAGUCCUCCUCUAGCCAGCCUACAUGAUACCAACUUUCUGAAUGAUGCUGACAUGGUCAUGAGCUUUGUCAAUUUAGUUGAAAGGGACAAGGAUUUUUCUCAUCAGCGAAGGCAUUACAAAGAAUUCCGGUUUGAUCUUACUCAAAUUCCUCAUGGAGAAGCAGUGACAGCAGCUGAAUUCCGGAUAUACAAGGACCGGAGCAACAAUCGAUUUGAAAAUGAAACGAUUAAGAUUAGCAUAUAUCAGAUCAUCAAGGAAUACACAAAUAGGGAUGCAGAUCUGUUCUUGUUAGACACAAGAAAGGCCCAAGCUUUAGAUGUGGGUUGGCUUGUCUUUGACAUCACUGUGACCAGCAAUCAUUGGGUGAUUAAUCCACAGAACAAUUUGGGCUUACAGCUCUGUGCAGAAACAGGAGAUGGACGCAGUAUCAACGUCAAGUCGGCUGGUCUUGUGGGAAGACAUGGGCCUCAGUCAAAACAACCGUUCAUGGUGGCUUUCUUCAAGGCUAGUGAGGUGCUUCUUCGAUCUGUGAGAGCAGCCAACAAAAGGAAAAAUCAAAACCGCCAUAAAUCCAGCUCUCAUCAGGAGUCCUCCAGAAUGUCCAGUGUUGGAGAUUAUAAUACAAGCGAGCAAAAACAAGCCUGUAAGAAGCAUGAACUCUAUGUGAGUUUCCGGGAUCUGGGAUGGCAGGACUGGAUUAUAGCACCAGAAGGAUAUGCUGCAUUUUACUGUGAUGGAGAAUGUUCUUUCCCACUCAAUGCCCAUAUGAAUGCCACCAACCAUGCCAUAGUUCAAACUCUGGUUCAUCUGAUGUUUCCUGACCACGUACCAAAACCUUGUUGUGCUCCAACCAAAUUGAACGCCAUCUCUGUGCUGUACUUUGAUGACAGCUCCAAUGUCAUUUUGAAAAAAUACAGAAAUAUGGUAGUGCGUUCAUGUGGCUGCCACUAAUAGUAAAUAAUAAUGGUAAUAAGAAAAAGAUCUGUAUUAAGGUUUAUGACUACAAUAAAAAGUAUACUUUCCGACAAAAGGAGAAUUUC